CCUUGUAGGCCGAAGAACUACCGCCUACGCCGCGAGUUGUACCUGCAUACGCUUCACCUUCUGAGCAGCUAGGUCUUCGGCAAAAGACCAGGCGCCUCAUGCCUAUCAGCUUCGGGAGACUUCGCCCGACGGCUUUGACGAUGCUAGCUCUGGUGAGAGCUAGGCGGAGAGCUCCGACUUCGCGACCAACACGAUGAAUGGAUGGUCAUCAAGAAGGUAAGUACGUCUCAUCUGUCUCCCGUAUUGCCUCCACGUGUCAACCAUUGAGCGUCCGCAAUGGAUCCAACCACUUCUAUCACGGAUACCUACCGCUUGGGCGUAGAUGUGGGCGGCACUUUCACAGACGCUUGCGCAUUUUCACCCAAUGGACGCAUCUUUCGCGCCAAAGUCCCGUCUACGCCUCAGGAUCAAAGCAUUGGCGUGAAGAACAGUAUCGACAAGGUCCGCGCCAUUAUCGAAGCAGAAGAAGGGUUCAAGGGCAAGUUUGGUGCUCUUCACCAUGGCUCUACCGUUGCCACGAAUGCGUUACUGGAGGGCAAGGGCGUACCAGCAGCUCUUGUGGUGACCGAAGGACACAAAGACGUUUUGGUUGCCAGGCGGAGUCAGAUCCCUGGCGGUUUAGCAAGCUGGAUCAACUGGGCUCCACCGCCGCCUAUUAUACCGCUGGAAAGGACCUUGCAGGUAUCUGAACGUAUCGGUGUGGACGGAGAGAUCGUCAAGCCUGUGGAUAAGGAUGCUCUGCGGAAAGAGCUGCUUACUGUGAAAGGCAAAGUUAAGGCUGUGACAGUCAGCUUACUCAACUCUUGGGUGUCUGGCGAACACGAGAAGCAGGUGGCGGAAGUCAUUAGGGAAGUGCUCCCUGACGUUGAGGUUUCUCUAUCGCACGAGGUUCUCCCAGAGCUGGGCGAGUACGAGCGAACAGUCACAGCCUCGACCAACUCUGUGGUUAAGCCAGAAGUCAAGCGUUACCUUAAUGGACUGCGCGAGAAGCUACAGCAAGACACGUCUACUCUGCGCAUCCUCAAGAGUGAUGGCGGCCUCACAGAUCUUGGCUUAGCAGGAGAGCUCCCGGUUAAUAUCCUCAUGUCCGGUCCUGCGGGCGGCGUCAAAGGCAUUACAAGCAUUAUUGCAAGCGCAACAGAGCACAAGAACCUCAUCACACUUGAUAUGGGCGGCACAUCGACGGACGUUGCCCUGAUCGCCAACUCUGAGCCAUCCUUGCGCCGCGAGACUGUGGUCGGAGAUAUUACCGUGCGAUCUCCCUCGGUGGACGUGAGGACUAUUGGCGCCGGAGGCGGUAGUCUUGCAUUCUUCCAGCCUCUUACGAACACAUUGCGCGUGGGUCCAGAGUCCUCUGGCGCGAGUCCUGGCCCAGCUUGUUACGGUCGUGGUGGUACCCAAGCGACCGUCACUGACGCCAAUCUCGUACUGGGCUACCUCCCGGAAACGCUUCUCGGCGGGGAGUUCAAGCUUGAUGUGGAUGCCGCAAAAGCGGCAGUUAGCAAGCUUGCCGAGCAGAUGGGCAAGACCAUGUUUGAAGCGGCGGAGGCGAUCAUUGAUCUCGCCAACGAAGCUAUCUAUGGUGCCCUGCGUCUCGUUUCCGUAGAGCGUGGCCACAACCCCGCCGACUUCGCCAUGGUGGCUUUUGGCGGUGCGGGACCCAUGUGCGCCAACGGCGUCGGCAAACUCUUGGGCGCUUGGCCAGUGAUCAUCCCUGCAGCACCCGGUAUUCUUUGCGCGCAAGGUGAUGCCACGACAAAGAUGAGCCACGAGCUUUCUGCUUCUUUCAUCCAGUUGCUGUCGUCCACAACCAUGGAGACACUCCGUGAGGAGUUCGGCUCGCUCAAGGACAGGUGCGAAAAGAUCAUGAAGGAUGCCCUCGAGGAGACGGAGCGGAAGCUUGCCACAACCUACCAAGCUGCGUUGAGGUAUAAGGGCCAGGCACUUGAGCUCAACAUCACUUUGACCGCUGAGGACUUGUCUCAGCCAAUGGAAGCCUUCGAAAAGAUCGCACACAACAAGUUCGACAAAAUCCACCAGCAGCAGUUCAGCUAUACCCUGGAGAACUUUGCACUCGAACUCACUCGAUUAACAGUUACUAUCGUGGAUGCGUCGCCGGACAUUGAGAUUCCACGCAUCUCGUCUGCAAACGGCGAGCAACCUCCCUCAUCGGCGAUCAUUAAGAAGAAGACCAUAGUCGUGCAAGGCCAGGAGCAUGAAGCAACCUUCUGGGAUCGUGCAGCCAUCAGCAAGGCGGGCUACAAGCUGCAAGGUCCAUGUGUUAUCACCGAGAUGGACUCCAACACCCUCAUCCAGCCCGGCUUCGAGGCUGUCGUUGACGCAGUUGGCAACAUCUGCAUAUCUCCCGCUCCUGACAAUCAGAUGCCGACGUUCAGAAGUAAUUUUGGAAGCACACUGUCGGACAAGACACCGGAGCAGAAGAUUGCUGAGGCGAAGAAGGUUGUCGAAGACUUGCCGACUGUGCCGACAUUGAUCGGCUCUUCGCUUGCCUCGAUCAGAGCAGAGAUGGAUACUCUCAUGCUUAGAUGUUCCAUGUCGCCGGCCAUUCGCGAACAACAAGACGAGUUCAACGUCAUCACUAACCCUGAAGGUCUUAUGCUGGUAGGACAGUUCGGCAGCUUUAUUGGACAAUUUCUGAAGAUCUGGAAUUACAAGCUCUCCCGCGGCGAAGUAGAUGAAAUCGAAGAAGGCGACGUCUUCAUCACUAACGACACAUACGAGGUCGAAGGCGCCGUGAGCCAUCUUAACGACGUUAUCGUGCUCCUGCCCAUCUAUUUCGAGCACAAGCUUGUCGGUUGGGCCGCUAAUUUCGGCCACUUCACCGACGUUCAGGGUCAAGUGCCUGGCUCCAUGAGCAUCAACGCCCAGACGAUCUUUGACGACGGCUUGCAGAUUCCCACAAUGAAGCUCUUCGAGAAGGGCAAGAUGAAUCGCUCCAUCGUUGAGCUCAUGUGCAGGAACUCACGGCAGCCCGAGUGGCUUCGAUCCGAUCUGCUGGCGCUGAUAUCCGCGUGUCGGACGGCAGCGACGCGUAUCUGCGAGCUCUGCGCACGUUUCGGGCCUGAGGUCUACGCUGCAUCGACCGACGUCCUGCUCAAGCGCACAAGGAUGGCCGUGAGCAAGAUCAUCGAGGAGCACAUGACAGACGAGACCUCUUCGUUUGUUGAUUUCGUCGACGAUGACGGGCACGGUCACGGCCCGUUCGCCCUCAAGUGCACUCUAAGCAAGCCUGAGAAAGGCCGUCUGCGCUUCGAUUGGUCUGGCACGAGCCCUCAAGCGAGCAGCAGCAUCAACUUCUACCUGUCGGAGACGAUGUUCAAGAUGUUCGUUGGGUACUACCUUCUUGUUGUUCAUGCACCCUUCACUGUUCCGAACGAUGGCUUUCACGACUUGCUGGAUAUCGAUAUCCCUCGCGGCUCAGUACUGAAGCCUGUCCGGCCAGCCUCGAUUUCGUGCCGAACGCACUUCCUUGGGAGGGUUAUGGACGUUAUGCAGGCCCUGUUCGGUCAAAAGAACGAGGCCUUUAUGACAGCUGCCGGCUUCAGCGACAGCCCUCACUUCUUCUAUUCUGGAUUCAAGCCAGAUGGCUCAUGGUAUCAAUUAUACCAGAUAGCAUUCGGAGGAGUACCGGCCAGACCGAAGGGAGACGGACCAGAUUGUCACUGCUUGUUCCCAGCGAUCAAGUCUGUCCCAACUGAGUCCAUCGAGCUCAACUUCCCUGUCCGCCUGGAAGUAAACGAGGCUGUGGCAGACAGCGGUGGGGCAGGCUUCCAUCGCGGAGGCAACGCUCAGAAGACACUCUACCGGUUCUUGUCAGCUGGCGAGUUCAGUCUGCACGACGAUCGAUGGUUCACCAAGCCAUGGGGUGUCCGAGGUGGUAAACCUGGCAGCAGGAGUACCAAGGCCAUUCACGGGCCGGAUGGAAAGGGUGGCGUCACAACACAGCUGCUUCCCAGCAAGUGCGAUCACGUGAAGGUCAAGCCUGGUGAUCUACUAGAGUGGCAGACAUGGGGUGGCGGAGGGUUGGGCGACCCGCUUACACGACCUGCCGAGACCGUCGCUCUUGAGGUUCGGCGGAAGCUCGUUACAAUCGCCGGCGCAAAGGCCAACUACGGCGUCAUCGUCAACCCCGAUACCCUGGAUGUAGACGAGAUAGCCACGGAAACUCUCCGUGCGGAUAUCGAGAAGGCCGAGGCAGGGAAGGCGCUUCCGCUAUAUGACAGAGGAGGCACGAUGGAGGAGUUGGUGAAAGCGUGCAAGGGGGAGACGGGCUUCGAACCACCAAUCCCGCAAUGGCAGGAAGAGGUCUACGGACCGCAUGUUGCCGUGCCUUAUGUACAAGAAUGGUACAAGAAGGGGCGGGAAAUUGGGUACAAGAUCUGGGACCUUUGAGGAGGUUGCUGAAGGUCAUCACGUCCUUCUACAGUCGGUUACAUUGAUGGCACACGAGCACUCCCGCAUAUUAUUGUGGCCGCCGAACUCAGUGUUAAUUGCAUCCACGAUUCUAUUUUACCAUAAAACGGCAUUCA